AUGGCUUCUGAAUUGAAUCCGGCGACCAAACGCUCCGGCCAAGAUGGCCUCUCCAUAGUUCACGGCCGGCGGGAUAUACCGCUCGAGGAGCUUGACAUCGGACAUCUCAUCAAAAAUCAAGCACGCCUCUAUAGAGAUCGCCCAGCGAUAAUCGGCCCGUACCCCAAGGCGCUGACGCGGUGGACAUAUGGCCAAUUAGAAGAGAACAGCAACGCUCUUGCUAGGGCGUUGAUGGCAGCGGGUGUGUCUAAAGGGGAUCGCGUGGGCAUUUUUGCAGGCAAUAGGCUAGAGUACUGUGCUCUGCUCUUCGCUGCUGGGAGAAUCGGCGCGAUAUUGGUCGUUUACAAUGCGACGUAUACCCCGUCUGAGCUUCACAAGGCGCUCAAACAUACCGAGUGCAAGGUUCUUUUCCUGUCGACGGACAUGGGGAGGGGCGAUGACAGCGCGUAUUUCAAGUGUGUACAUGAUGCGACGGAUUUGCCGACGCUACAGACGAUUGUCCUACUGGAUGAAGACGGUCAUGGGACUAAAGCUCGAUGCACGCAUUAUCAACAAUUCCUACGAGGUUCUGCUCGGAUUAGUGAGGGGGCUUUGCGGGCUGCUGAGCAGAAGGUCAAUCCGCACGAUGUUCUGAAUUUACAGUUUACAAGUGGGACGACGGGAAACCCGAAAGCCGUCAUGCUAACACAUCACGGUUUAAUCAACAAUGGCCGCAUUACCGGACGUAUAAUGGGGUUGGGCGCAAGUGAUGUGUUAAGUUGUCCAAUGCCAAUGUAUCAUUUAUCAGGCCUUGGAAUAGGGCUCUUCGCGACCCUCACUCAUGGAGCAGCCGUCGUAUUUCCUAGGCAGUUCUUCGACCCCUUGGCCGUGAUACAUAGUGUCCAGCGCGAGCACUGCACAGCACUGUUCGGAGUCCCGACUAUGUGGGUUGCGUUUCUACAGCAUCUGAAGCCUGGAUGGGACUUCUCAGGGGUGAAGACUGGUAUCUCGGGCGGAGCGUCCGUGCCGAGACCGCUUAUGGAGGAUAUCCAGAAAAAGCUCAAGGUGAAGGAUUUUGUAGUCCUAUAUGGAAUGACGGAGACUUCGCCUGUCGCGUUCAUAACGAGACGAUCUGACUCUGUAGAGAAACAGCUGACGACCGUUGGCCAGGUGCUGCCGCAUACGUCGGCUAAGAUAGUCGAUGCGGAAGGGCAAAUUGUGCCGAUUGGCCAGAGAGGCGAGGUCUGCUUUGCUGGGUAUUUGCUUCAGAAGGGAUACUGGAAGGACAAGGAGCAGACGGCCAAGGCGAUGAAGCGCGAUCAGUCGGGCGUCUUGUGGAUGCACUCUGGCGACGAAGGGCUGCUGGAUGAGGAUGGGUAUUGCGCGAUCACGGGGCGGAUCAAGGACAUUAUCAUUAGAGGGGGCGAAAACAUCUACCCGCUAGAAAUCGAGGAACGUCUAAUGCAACAUCCCGCCAUUGCUAGCGCAGCGGUCAUCGGAGUCAAGGACGCGAAGUACGGAGAGACCGUAGGCGCAUUCCUCGAGUCUCGUCAAGGGGCAGCGAAGAUCGAACCUGAGGAGAUUCGGGCCUGGGUGAGACGAGAACUGGCAUAUCACAAAGCCCCAGUUCACGUUUUCUGGGUUGGCAAAGGGGGCAGCUUGGAGAGUUUCCCGGUAACUGGGAGCGGCAAGGUUCAGAAGGAAAAGUUGAGGGAAAUUGCGAAUUCACCGGUGAAAGGGAUACAGAAAAGUUCUAAGAUCUAA